AUGAUCAGUGAUUAUGAAAAAUACGACAAAGGUGAGUUACUAAGAGGAAAAUAUCGUAAGAUAGCGGAUAUAAGUGAAGGUUCUUAUGGAAUCGUAUCAUUGGCUAAGGAUGUGAAGAACAACGAUAGGCUACUCGCCGUAAAGUUUAUUUAUCCCUUGAAUUACAAAAGAAAUAAUCCUAAAAACUCCUCAUCUCUAACUAAAUUGAGAUCAAAAUCAUCUUCGUUACUUCUGGAAAGUGAACUCUCAAUAUUAAAGGCUCUUUACGGAGAGGCUUCGAAAGAAAUUGAAAUUCACAAGAAAUUGGGGAUUCACCCAAAUGUGACGACAUUAUAUGACAACUUUGACUCCUGCCUAGUUUUGGAUUAUUGCUCAAAAGGUGACCUAUAUGAGGCGAUUCAAAAAGGUCACGGACCAGCUACUUCACAGGAUAUUAAAGACGUGUUUUCGCAAAUUUUAACGGCACUAGAGUAUUGCCAUUCGCAUUCUGUUUAUCAUAGAGAUUUGAAACCAGAAAAUAUCUUAAUAGCAGAGGACUGGUCAAUUAAAAUAUGUGACUGGGGAUUAGCAACAACUAAUAAAAUCAUCACAGAUAGACGUGAAUUUGAUAUUGGAUCAGAAAGAUAUAUGGCCCCAGAGUUAUUCGAUUCUAGUGUUGAGUCUUAUGAUGCAUCGAAGGUAGAUUUAUGGUCUACUGGAAUCAUCUUACUAACUUUAGUCUUCCACAAGAAUCCGUUCCAAGUAGCCUCUUAUUCAGAUAAGGCGUUUCUUCAAUUCGCACGCAAUAGAGAAGCAUUAUUCGACAUAUUCUCUACAAUGAGCAGCGAAAUGUUUUCCGUUUUACGGUUCUGUUUAAAUAUCGAUCCCGCAAAUCGAGACUUAUCAAGUUUAAGAUCUGAGUUAAAAUUAUUGAAGUAUUUUACGAUAGAUGAAGAGUACUUGGCAAGCGAUUACGAAGAAGACGUCGACUUGGAUGAAGAGAAUUUCGAAGAUGAUGACUUUUAUUAUGGCAAAGGUGACAAGUCGCUAUCUUUGUCUCCAGUUAAACGCCUACCGGUAAUCAAUUCGUAUGAAGAUGAAAUGCAAAUACCCAUGAAGCUUCACACUUCUCCCCCUCAGACUGCUGACAGCGACAACAGUAGGAGCUCGAGAUGUUUUGUGUCAUCGACUCAGCUGGAUGAUGCUUCUAUGCAACAUAACCCUAGAGCAGAUGCGUUAUUAUCUGCAAAUACGGAUUUGAAACCAAUUCCCAUUAAUGAGUCUGGUUUCAGGUUCACUCGAAACGCAAGAAAACCUUUCAAUGUUGCUUCAUAUCAUCAAGCCUCUCAAAAUACUUGGAACAAGUCCUCUAACUCUAGAUUCAAUCGUGAAGAUUAUUUUACUCCCAAAUCUAUCAUGAAUCAUUAUAUGGAUAAGUAUGGAGAUCAAAGACACUCAAAUAAUGGGAAGCUUCAUAAUGAUACUCUAGAAUUGAAGAAGAGCGGGAAUAAUCGUCACUCAUGGAAGAGAAACACAAGGGAUGGUAACUCAAAUGGGCCAAAUCAUAGAAUCUAUAACAAGAAUCAUAAUGAUAACCAGCGUUAUCACCCCCCUUCUGAUAGUUAUUGCAGCACAUCUUCUCAAACUCCAAAGAGGAAGUCUAAUCUGUUCUCAAAAUCAAGGUGUGCUAUUUCGACGGCUCAUAACUCUGGUCAACAAGGCGUAUCACCUCAUUCGACUUCCAUGCUAUCUUCUCAUGGGAAAUAUGUCCCACCUUUCUUGAGAUCUCCACAUUAUCGAUCUCCGGAAAUUGCUCCAUUAUCUGAAAGGAUUGGUGAUUUAAGUCUUGAUGAUGAAGAUGAAGUAUUCCAUUUAGAGGAUGAUUUUGAUUUUACUAACAACGGUAAACAAUUGGGCUCUAAUGUUUCUCCAAGCGAAAAACCGCUGAUACUGACAGUAUCAACAGGCUUGAAUGGAGAUAUGAAUUUUAAAAGACCUAAUUUUAGAGAACCUUUUUAUGCUUCAGAUCAGGCCAGUGAGAGUGGAAUUGGUAGCGGGCUGAGAGCACCUAUUUCCUCAGGAGCUCGUAGUAAUGAUAAGCGUCAAAUAUUUAAUUUCGAUUCUCAAAGGCCGUCUUCGACUGGGCUUGCCGGUGAUAGUGAUGCUGAAUCAUCUUUAUCGGUAUCUUCAGCGUCUUCAGUUGGAAAAUAUAUUCCACCUUUUAGAAGAGGAUCACAUCCCGCGAAUAUACCUUCUGCGAUGACAACGGGUAGAGGUCACCGUGUCUCCGAGAAGCGGCAUACGGAUUCUAGCCUGAAGGCUCGAAAUUUUAAGCCCUUGAAAUCAUUUGAUUGUAUUUCUGAAGUCUCGUCAUCUCUUCCAGCUGACAAGUCUGAUUGGUUUUCUCUCAAGAGAGAAUAA